GGAAUGGAGUGCUGGAUCUGGGAUUGAAGAUCUGUGCAGGAUUAUGGGAUUAUACCUUGAGCCAGCAGGCGGAAUGCCUGAGUGACUGAAGAAAAUGGGUGCUAAUGCAUCUAACUACCCUCAUUCGUGUUCCCCAAGGGUAGGGGGGAAUUCACAGGCACAACAGACAUUCAUAGGGACAUCAUCCUACUCUCAUCAAGGUUAUGGCUGUGAAUCAAAGCUGUAUAGCCUUGACCAUGGCCAUGAGAAGCCUCAAGACAAGAAAAAGAAAACCUCUGGCCUUGCCACCCUCAAAAAGAAAUUCAUUAAGCGACGGAAAUCUAGCCGAUCUGCUGAUCAUGCCAAGCAGAUGCGAGAACUUCUCUCAGGCUGGGAUGUCAGAGAUGUUAAUGCAUUGGUAGAAGAAUAUGAAGGGACGUCAGCCUUAAAGGAACUUUAUCUACAAGCUAAUUUGGCAAGACCAGAAGCCAGGACGCUACAAAAAGACAUGGCUGAUCUUUAUCAGUACAAAUAUUGUACUGAUGUAGACUUAAUAUUUCAAGAAACUUGUUUUCCUGUGCAUCGUGCCAUCUUGGCAGCAAGAUGUCCCUUUUUUAAGACUUUGCUUUCUUCCUCACCGGAAUAUGGGGCAGAAAUAAUAAUGGAUAUUAAUACAGCUGGCAUAGAUAUGCCUAUGUUUUCUGCUUUGUUACACUACCUUUAUACGGGAGAGUUUGGAAUGGAGGAUUCGAGGUUUCAAAAUGUCGAUAUCCUUGUGCAGCUCAGUGAAGAAUUUGGAACGCCAAAUUCCUUAGAUGUUGACAUGCGUGCGCUGUUUGAUUACAUGUGCUACUAUGAUGUGGUUCUGAGCUUUUCAUCCAACUCUGAUUUGGUGGAGCCCUUUGGGGGAAGUCAGAACUGCCUGGAUGAAGAGCUCAGAGCUCACAAAGCUGUUAUCUCCUCACGAUCGCCGUUUUUUCGUCACUUGCUGCAAAGGAGGAUACGAACUGGUGAAGAAAUCACGGACCGAACUCUGCGGACUCCAACUCGAAUUAUAUUGGAUGAGUCUAUCAUACCAAAAAAAUAUGCUAAAGUCAUUUUAAACUGUAUGUAUACAGAUGUGGUGGACCUCUCUGUUUUGCACUCCAGCCCUUCAGUGGGUAGUUUAAGUGAAGUUCAAGCUCUUGUAGCAGGAAAAAUAAACAUGACUAGGGCUGAAGAAGCUAUGGAGCUUUAUCACAUAGCAUUAUUCCUGGAGUUUAACAUGCUUGCACAAGGCUGUGAAGAUAUUAUUGCUGAGAGCAUCUCACUAGACACCUUAAUUGCCAUUCUCAAGUGGAGUUCUCAACCAUAUGGGUCCAAGUGGGUACAUCGCCAGGCGUUACAUUUCCUCUGUGAGGAGUUUACCCAGGUCAUGACUUCAGAAGUCUUCUAUGAACUAAGCAAGGACCACCUGCUUACAGCUAUUCAGUCGGACUAUUUACAGGCAAGUGAGCAAGAUAUUCUUAAAUAUCUUAUUAAAUGGGGAGAACACCAGCUGAUGAAGAGAAUAGCAGACAGAGAGCCUAAUUUACUGAGUGGUACCGCUCACAGUGUGAACAAAAGAGGGGUGAAGAGGCGAGAUCUUGAUAUUGAGGAGCUCAGAGAGAUCCUGUCUCCCCUCCUGCCUUUUGUCCGCAUUGAGCACAUCUUACCCAUGAGCAGCGAAGUACUGAGCGAUGCAAUGAAGAGAGGCCUGAUUAGCACACCUCCUUCAGACAUGCUGCCAACAUCAGAAGGUGGGAAGUCAAAUGCCUGGCUGCGGCAAAAAAAUGCUGGAAUAUAUGUGAGGCCAAGACUGUUCUCACCAUAUGUGGAGGAGGCCAAGAUCUUGAUGAAAUUCCACCGGAAACAAAGCAGCGUUCUGAGGGAAACCUCCCUGGUUUCCAGCCAGUUUGCCGGCCCAGCUCCUCGGCAGCCCACCUGGCAGGCGGAUGGCAAGUCGGUCCUGGAUGAGAUGAUGGUGGAACAAACCGACCUCGUGCGGCUGCGGAUGGUCCGAAUGUCCAACGUGCCGGACACCCUGUACAUGGUGAACAACGCGGUGCCGCAGUGCUGCCACGUGAUAACCCACCAGCAAGUCAGCACCAUGCAGUCCAGCCCCCCGUCAGUUAUAGCCAACGAAAUCCCAGUUCCUAAUCUCCUUGUUGUGAAAGAGAUGAUCAGGCGGCUGCAGGAGCUGCGGCACACGGAGCAGGUGCAAAGGGCUUACGCCCUCAACUGCGGAGAAGGUGCCACGGUCAGCUACGAGAUUCAGAUUCGUGUGCUCCGAGAAUUUGGACUGUCCGAUGCUGCUGCUGAGCUUCUGCAGAAUCCUCACAAAUUCUUUCCUGACGAGCGCUUUGGGGAUGAAAGCCCCCUCCUGACCAUGAGGCAGUCCGGACGAUGCCGUGUGAACAGCACCCCCGCUGCAGAAACCAUGUUUACAGAGCUGGACUCUUUUGUGGCCUUCCACCCGCCAUUGCCCCCUCCUCCACCCCCUUACCACCCACCAGCAACUCCUAUUCACAACCAGUUCAAAGUGGGCUGGAAACAGAGGGUGCCAAGCCAACAUCCCUCCCGUUCCUUCUCUUACCCGUGUAACCAUUCGCUGUUCCACUCGCGGCCGGCUCCCAAGGCUGCGCCCCCCGUCUACCUGCCCGCCGUGAAAGCAGCCCCUCCGGAUUGCACCAACCCCGCCGCUCUGGGCAGGCAGACGGUGGCCGCCGCAGCCGCGGUCAUGGCAGCAGAGAAGCAAGUGUGUACUCAGCCCCUGCUCAAUGAACUGAUGCCAGACAUUGCCAUGGGAGUGUCAGCAAUGUCUCUGAAAGACAGAAGGCUGCCAGAACUCACUGUUGAAACAGAGUUAAGCCAGGCGGUCCCAGAGGUAGGGUCAGCUCCACCACAGCACAUUUCAUGUAUUCAGAGCAGGCACAUGCCCACGUCUCGCAAGAAACAUGCAACAGAGCAAAAAGUAGAUGCUCGAGAAAGUCAGCAGGAGUAUCCUGACUUCUAUGAUUUCUCCAAUGCUGCGUGCAGACCUUCCACGCCAGCCCCCAGCAGACACAGUCCUUCGCCUUCACAAGGCAUGUAUUUUGGCCCAGAUUUGUAUAGCCACAAUAAGGCAUCACCAAGUGGCUUAAAGUCAGCGUACCUACCUACCCAGAUAUCUCCUAAAAAGCAAGAGGAUUCUAGGAGGGAAUACCUGCUCUCCCAGGAUGGGCAUCAACACAGACAAAAGCCUGAGCCGUUACACCUCGAUGUCUUAGAACAACCUCCCCAGCGACUGGACUUGGCGUUGGCCACCCAGGAAAGCGCUGCCAACGGCCCCGUUCACAUCAGGGGAAGAACAAAAAUGGAAACUGACUUAACCUACGGCCUGACCUCGAACAGACCUUCGCUCUCUGCGUACUCCUCGGAAAUGCCCGAGGAGAGGCCGGGCAGGAGGCUGGCAGAUGAGGAGCCCUUGGAACACGGGACACAGAGAAGCGCAGACUUGGAAAGGGAAGAGGGAGUAAGCAGAGGAAGGAGGUCUCCAAGCAAACCAGACUUCCUGUAUAAAAAAUCUGCCCUAUGAAAGCAACCUCCAGUAUUUCUCUGUGCCUAUGAGUUGUAAACAUACCAUUCUUUAACUUUUGGCCUGAGUUCCGUCAGAAAAAUUCAUUCGUGCCAGCAGAUUAAUUCAGCUUUGCUCAUUUCUUUUAUGUAUAUAUAUUGCUUUAU